AUGAAGACAGACAGGGCUUCAGAACAUGCAAGACAUGCUGCCCGCAACGUUCAACCGUCGAUAAUGAACAAACGGAGCGUCUUCACGACGGUGACUCCUCUGCCGGCCUACAUCACCCGCGAGAUGGUGGUGAGGACGCUGCACGAACACAGCGAGAUGAUCAAGCUGAACCCCCUGGUCAUCGACUUCAAGAAGUGCUCGCCGCCAUCCCACGCCCCGCCAGACGAAUUCCACUGCAUCUGGUACGAGCUGACGGACAGGGUGCAGUACCUGCCUGGCGGUCUGCUGUCCGGCAACGUUUCGUACAAGGCCUGCUUCCACGACCUGCCCGGCGGCCUACAGACUCACGUCUACGCUCCCACCGGCCUCGACAUCCAGGAGAAAUGGAGUGUGGGGGGCAACAUGCCGGGCGAACCUCGAGAGACGGUCGAGCUGGGCCUACUGGGGGCGCCACGAGAGGGACUCUAUCUGCGUGAGGACGUCAAUAUGCGCUGCAACGUCCUGACGACGGGUUUCGUGAAGAGGACGCUGCGCCGCGCGCACAGCGUGCUGGUCGACCGCUUGAUAUUUAGGGCCGAUAUCGAGGAGCAGAAGCGGGCAGGCUCAGAGACGGCAACGACGCCUUCACUCUCGCCGUCGCUGAUCCACCAGGAGCGGAUGGCUCACUGCUCCAGCUGGGCCAACAGCGUCAACAGAGCCUCGCAGUCGAUGUCGAUAUCGACGGACCACCAGCAGCAGCUCUCCCAUCCGCCGCUGAGUACUAGGGGUUCGAUCUCGGAAAUCGACAGUCAACAUCCUCCACAGACCGCACAGAAUCAACCGAAGGUCUUUGAGCUGGCGUGA